UGCGCUACGAUAUCGGUCCGAGACGCACGAAUCCCUUAGGCGAAUUUUCACGUUUUUGGCAGUCAUCCCGUUCAAAAUUGAAUUUACCUUUUGUAUUUUUUUUAAUUCAAAAUUUGUAUUAUAAUUAAUAUAAUAUAAUAAUUGUUAGAAUUAUUAUUAUUGAAAAAACAUAAGCGUGUGUUCGAACUUAAUUUGAAAUAUACAAUCAGACGGUAAGAGCGAGGAAGGUGGUGUAUAACGGAAAACAUGGUCCUUCGAGCCUCACAGAAAGGCACUAUCGGAAAUUAACUUACAAAAAAGGAAAAACAUAUUCGAAACAGUGACUAAAACAUAAUUAAAUAAUAAUUAAAGUGUUGUGAAAAUACAAAAAUUAAUAUUUAAAAUACCAACCAAUAAAAUACGUUCAGUGCUGUGGGCCGUGACUUUACAUCUUGACAUAUUUAAAUAUUCAUAUGUACGAAAAAGUAUGCACAAGUGCAAGAAAAUAAAUAUAUACAUAUACACAAAACAACAAAAACAAUAAGUGAGAAAGUAAAAAGUGUCUGCAGAUUACAUAGUGUUUGUUAUACAAAAAUCACAAAAGAGAGAAUAUAUCUCACCUCAUAAAUACAAAACAAAAAAAAAAGAAAUAAUAUAUAUAUAUAAACCAAACGGGCGCGAACUCAAAUAAACUAACAAAAACAAAAAAAAAAACACAUUUACAACAAAUUAUACGGGCGCGAUUUCUAACAACAAUCAAUAAGAAAAGAAAACCAAAUAAUACAAGGUGGAAUAAACAGCUGGCAUCCAAGAUUGGAUAACUACAAGGAAUUGGAUAACAACAAUCACACGCUCACACUCACACUCACUUCUGAAUAGUAUAACUAAAACUCCUUGAAGAAAAUCAAAGGCUAUUUUUCAUGCGGCGAAUGGGAAGUUUUAAAUAACAGUUAAAGUGAAGGCAAACAGUGAAUUUUCGUUUUUGCAAAAGCCCGAAGGUAUACCGAUGUGAAUUGGGGUUUAAGCGAAUUUCUCGAAAUUAUUCAGCCAAAGGCAUCCUGUGGAGCUAAAGUUCUCAAUUCACUUGCAUCGAAAAAAAUUAAUCAUGAUAAUAAACAAAACACAUUCAGAGCCAGCACUGGAUAUAGCAGUUCCAUCUAUAGCUUCAGGUAUGGACAAUUCCAUCUCAACAGCAAGCGGAGAGGGUGCGCCUUUUGCAGAUUACAUGGAAGUUGAUAUUAACAAUUUAACCGUACAAACGAAUGCUAGCCUCUUCGGCGCACAGGGAAAGAAACUUGUUGAGCGCUUUUCACAAAAUCGCGCCAUCGGCGAUCAGUGGCACUACGUACUGAUAAGCAUAUACUUGGCAAUGAUUAUAUGUGGUACAGUCGGCAACAUAUUCGUUGUUAUUGCGGUGGUGAGAAAGCCGAUAAUGCGCACCGCCCGCAACUUGUUCAUACUGAACUUGGCUAUCUCGGAUUUACUGUUAUGUGUAAUAACCAUGCCAAUAACGUUGUUGGAAAUCCUCUCAAAGUACUGGCCAUUCGGCAUGUUUGAGGUUAUAUGCAAAUCUGUAGCCAUGCUGCAGGCGGUGAGCAUUUUCGUGUCGACGAUUUCCAUAACAGCCAUUGCUUUUGACAGGUACCAGCUAAUUGUAUAUCCGACACGAGAAAGUCUUCAGGUUGGUGGCGUCAUAGCCAUACUUGCAGGCAUCUGGCUAUUCGCGGUGUUGCUUGCCAGUCCACUGUUCAUUUACAAGCGCUUGGAGCAGGCUGAAAUUCCGCCACUACUGCAAUCCCUAGGCAUCCAUGGUGUGUGCUUCUGUGUCGAAGAUUGGCCCGUGAGCCAUGGGCGAUUUUACUAUUCGAUAUUUUCGCUCUGCGUGCAAUACUUGGUGCCAAUAUUGAUUGUGUCCGGUGCGUAUUUCGGCAUCUAUAAGAAGCUGCGGAGUCGCACCACAGUGGUGGCGAUGCAAACGCCCCAACGCAAAGCGGAACGUGGUCGACGUAUGCAACGGACAAAUUGCUUAUUGAUAACGAUUGCACUGAUUUUCGGCAUAUCAUGGAUGCCAUUAAAUGUUUACAAUUUAUAUGCGGAUAUGCGAAGUCCAAUGGCGGUGACGGAGCGUAUGCUUGUCAUAUACGCUUGUUGUCACAUGUUCGGCAUGAGUUCCGCUUGCACAAAUCCGCUGCUCUAUGGAUGGCUAAACGAUAAUUUCCGUAAAGAAUUUCGAGAAUUAUUAUGUGGUUCUAAAGAAAACACUAAUGUUGCUCUUAAUGGUCACACGACAGGCAGUGGACAGACGCGUCGAAGACGAAAGCAUGCCGAAAUAUCCAAGGGUGAUUUGAAGUUGUUGCCCAACAACAAUGGCGUUGGACAGCGAAGUGCCGUUACCGAGUCGAUAGCGCUGACGGAAAAUCCAAUUUCCACUGAAGUGACAACACUGACUGCGGAUCAGUAUAUGCUGACUUCGGUUGAAAUACUGUAAUAUGUGAGAGUGCAUGUGUUGUUGGGAGGGAAACUUUUCUGCCAUAUUAUAUCCUUAUGUGAUGUUUGAGUAUGUAUAUAUAUGAAUAAGCGCAUGAAAAAAUACUCCGUUCAGCAAAGUAUUGAGCAAAACACAAAUAUAAAGUCAAAAUGUAAACUGUAAAUGAAAGUCCACAAAAGCGAAUUUGAGUGAUAUCAGCUAAAAAUCAGCUUUGUAAGUAUUAGUAUAAGACUUUAAGUACAAAUGUAUAUAGACAUAUACUACCAAGUAUUUUAAACACUUGUGUAUGUACGAGUAUGUAAAGCGUGAGUGAACUUGUGUUAAUAUGAACAAUUGACUGUAAAUCUACCAAAACAGGAGUGAGAAUGUCUUCGUUUUUAUUUGUUUGAAAUUCUAGGAAGUUUAGGUCAUGAACGAGAUUAAACUUAAAUGGGAGCAAGCCGGGUUAAUUGUUCCAUUUUUAGAUUUCCCCUGGUUUAAGUAAAUAUUUGAUGUAUUCUAUUUUGCAGUCGGCGCCUAUGUGAGCAUAGUUGUAAUAUAAUGUUAUUAGGUAUGUGAGUUGUUGCCUCUGUGAAGCAAUAAGUAUUUACAUUUCUUUAAGCGCUUAAAUAUUUGAUGUCGAGAGUUGGAAUAUAUAAGCGCUUUUCCUUAAAUAUAUAAGCAGCUGUGAAAGCUGUUAUGGUUGUCACCUCUCUAAAAGCUGUUAAAUAGAAAAGUCUAAUUAAAUCAGCAUAUAAAAAACGCAUUCCGUUCUGAAAUCUAUAAUCGACACAUUAUCUAUAAUUGUGGACUUCAAUUAUUGUAAUUCUAAAGAAAGAAGAAACUUCGAAAUUAAUUUUAAAAAUGAUUUAAAGUUUAAAAUGAAAUAUCAAAGACAUGAUGAUACGAAAUUCUAUCUCUCUUUCAAAUGCGUUGCAUGACUGCGUAGCUUGGGUUGGCAACCCUGCUUGUAUGUAUGUGAUUGGCGUUGCAACCGUUUAGCCGGUUAUAGCCGAAUCGACGAUAGUGCGCCACUCCUCUCUUUCCUUCGCAGUUCGGCGCCAGUUGGAGAUCCCAAGUGUAACCAGGUCGCUCUCCACCUGGUCCCUCCAACGGAGUGGAGGCCUUCCCCUUCCUCGGCUUCCUCCGGCGGGUACUGCAUCGAACACUUUCAGGGCUGGAGUGUUUUCGUCCAUUCGGACAACAUGACCUAGCCA